UAAUAUCGAUUUCCCUCCUAACAUUUAAAACUACUUACUGUAAAUAAUAUUUUAAAAUACGCGUAAUAUUUUAUGGGAGUCAUGUAGUUGACAUUCUUUCUUCUUGUCUUUCAACCUGACAAAUCUUAAUAAAUUUCAAUAAGAGAACUUUGUAAUGUUACAUGUGUAAUAUUCUGCUGUUCUGAAGACACAGUGAGGACUUCGUAAUAAUGGCUACUCCUGUGAAAGCCGCUGUGAAACAAGUGAAACCACUUUUGUCACUUAAUCCAACAGAUGCUCGCAGAAGAGUCUUAACAUUGUAUAAAGCGUGGUAUCGACAGAUUCCAUAUGUCAGAAUUGAUUAUGAUAUGCCAAAAACAGAGGCAGAAUGCAAGAAGAAGUUAAAGGAAGAAUUUAGACGUAACAGUCAUGUAAGAGAUUUAAGAGUUAUAGAUAUGCUUAUUAUUAAGGGGCAAAUGGACCUUCAAGAAGUGGCUAUGAGAUGGAAAACGAACGGAAGCAUUAUGAACUAUUGGAAAGAGACUUGGGAACCAAAGCCUACAGAUUUUAUGUCGAAAUUCCUUAGUGGACAGGAAUAAAGUUUGUUAUUUUUAUAGCAUUAAUUUAGUAAAUUAUAAAGGAAAUCAAUGUACAAACUGUAAAUUAAUAAAAAAUGUAUAAAUCGUGUGCAUAGAGUUAUUCAUAGAAUAAAAAUAAGAAGGGGAAACAAAAUGUAU